CGCCCCUCCAAUUCUUUCCGUUUCCAGUCAAAAUCGUGAGCACUUCACUUGACAAAAAGGCGAGGAGAACGCGUUGCUUCUGUUCGCCCAAUGUUGGCACCUUUAACGUUUUCAGUUGAAAUAGUCAUUACUGCACAAUGGAGAACUGAAGCGAGUUUGUCUUUGUGAAAUCGGUCCCCCAUCAUCCUAGAUCCGUGCCCCCACUCCCCUGCAUACACCGCUCCGAGCUCCCUUCGUUUGAUUCCUACCUUUAUUACAAACUUUUCAUUGUUAUCUUUACUAUUUUUGAAAAAGAAACCAUCUAUUUCCCCUUCUUGACUUCAAAUUUCUAGGGUUUUUCCAAUUGUCGCAAAGUUUACACAUUCUCCUGUCGUGAGCAUAUAUAUAGAGACGGAGUUUUCCUGCGGGUCUCCGGCGAAUCUUUAGUCCGAGAUGUCUCGUGUGGAGGACUUGUGGGAGAGGUUGGUGCGAGCGGCACUGCGCGGCCGAAGAGCAGGUGUAGAUUUGUAUGGACGGCCCGAUGCUGGCCUUGCCGCAAUUGUUCCUUCCUCACUUGGGAACAGGGACAUAGAUGACAUUCUGAGGGCUGCAGAUGAAAUUCAAGACGAUGAUCCUAAUGUUUCCAGAAUCUUAUGUGAGCAUGCUUAUUCGUUGGCUCAAAAUCUGGACCCAAACAGUGAAGGAAGGGGUGUAUUGCAGUUCAAGACUGGUUUGAUGUCUGUCAUCAAGCAAAAACUAGCAAAGAGGGAGGGUGGAAGCAUUGACAGAAGUCAGGAUAUUGCUCGCUUAAGGGAGUUUUAUAAACGAUACAGAGAGAAGCAUGAUGUGGACAAGCUUCGAGAAGAGGAGUUGAAGUUGAGGGAGUCUGGUGUCUUUAGUGGUAACCUUGGAGAGCUGGAGCGUACAACAGUCAAAAGGAAAAGAGUCUUGGCAACUCUGAAGGUUCUUGGGAAUGUUUUGGAACAACUAACCAAGGAUGUUUCACCAGAAGAAGCUGAUAGAUUAAUUCCUGAUGAGCUAAAGCGUGUGAUGGAGUCAGAUGCAGCAAUGACGGAAGAUUUGGUUCCCUAUAACAUUAUUCCUCUGGAUGCUCCUAGUCUGACCAAUCCUAUUGUGUCUUUUGCAGAGGUACAAGCUGCGGUUUCAUCUUUGAAGUACUUCAGGGACCUUCCAAAAUUACCUGGGAGCUUUCCUGCACCUGCUUCGAGGAGUUUGGAUUUAUUUGAUUUUUUGCAAUACACUUUUGGCUUCCAGAAAGGUAAUGUUUCAAAUCAGCGAGAGCAUGUCGUUCACCUCCUUGCAAAUGAACAAAGUCGGCUUCGUAUUCCUGAGGAGCCUGAGCCGAUAUUGGAUGAGGCUGCUGUGCAGGGGGUAUUUUUGAAGUCUCUUGACAACUAUAUCAAGUGGUGCAACUAUUUGGGAAUCUUACCUGUAUGGAGCAAUUUGGAGGCUGUAAGUAAAGAGAAGAAGUUGUUAUUCAUUUCGUUGUACUUCUUAAUCUGGGGUGAAGCAGCAAAUGUUCGAUUUCUUCCGGAAUGCUUAUGCUACAUAUUUCAUCAUAUGGGAAGGGAAUUGGAAGAAAUACUGAGACAGCAGGUGGCACAGCCAGCUAGCAGUUGUGUUUCUGAGUCUGGUGUAUCAUUUAUUGACCAAGUUAUAUGUCCUCUAUACGAUGUUAUUGCCGCGGAAGCUGGAAACAAUAAUAAUGGGCGAGCACCUCAUUCUGCCUGGAGAAAUUAUGAUGAUUUUAAUGAAUAUUUUUGGUCACUACAUUGCUUUGAACUUAGUUGGCCUUGGCGUAAGAGUUCAAAUUUUUUCCUAAAGCCAACACCGAGGUCAAAGAAUGUUCUGAAGUCUACUGCAAGUAAACGUUGUGGGAAAACAUCUUUUGUUGAACACCGGACGUUUCUUCAUCUAUAUCACAGUUUUCAUCGUCUGUGGAUAUUCCUCCUGUUGAUAUUUCAGGGACUUACUGUAUUUGCCUUCAAUAAUGGCAAUUUCAACUCCAAGACCAUCAGAGAAGUUCUUAGUAUCGGGCCAACAUACUUUGUCAUGAAAUUCUUUCAGAGUGUGCUGGACAUCAUAAUGAUGUACGGGGCAUACACUACCUCAAGGCGCCUAGCUGUCAGCAGAAUUUUUCUCCGCUUCCUUACCUAUAGUUUGUCUUCAGCUUUCAUAUGUUUCCUUUACGUGAAAGCUCUUCAAGACAACAGUAACCCUUCCGUUAUCUAUAAAAUCUACGUCAUAAUUCUUUCCAUCUAUGCGGGUGCGAAGUUUUGCUUGGGUUUCUUAUUGCGCAUACCUGCCUUUCACCGUCUUUCAAAUCGGUGUGAUAGUUGGCCUCUGAUUCGUUUUAUGAAGUGGAUGCACCAGGAACAUUACUAUGUUGGGCGGGGCAUGUAUGAAAGAGCUUCAGAUUUCAUGAAAUAUAUGGUCUUUUGGCUUGUUGUGCUCGGAGCGAAAUUUUCUUUCGCUUAUUUCCUACUGAUUAGGCCCUUGGUGUCACCGACAACGCUAAUAGUUGACAUGGAUAUCCGGCAAUACUCUUGGCAUGACCUUGUGUCAAAAAAUAACUAUAAUGCUUUGACGGUAGUAAGCUUGUGGGCGCCUGUUCUGGCUAUUUAUCUCUUGGAUAUCCAUCUGUUCUACACUGUUAUAUCUGCUAUAUGGGGUUUCCUGCUGGGUGCCAGAGAUCGUCUUGGAGAGAUUAGGUCUCUGGAUGCUGUUCAUCAACUUUUUGAGAAGUUUCCCACGGCUUUCAUGAAUACCCUGCAUGUACCACUUCCUAACAGGGAUUCUAUGCAGUCAUCUGGUCAGGCCGUGGAAAAGAAAAAGAUUGAUGCUGCUCGCUUUGCUCCAUUUUGGAAUGAGAUCAUAAAGAAUCUGAGGGAGGAAGAUUAUGUUAACGAUUUGGAAAUGGAGUUGCUUCAAAUGCCUAAAAAUACCGGGAGUCUUCCCCUUGUACAGUGGCCACUUUUUCUUCUAGCUAGCAAGAUAUUCCUUGCAAAAGAUAUUGCUGCAGAGAGUAGAGACUCGCAAGAAGAGCUCUGGGACAGAAUUUCAAGGGAUGACUACAUGAGAUAUGCUGUUGAGGAGUGCUUUUAUAGUGUCAGAUUUAUCCUUACAGAAAUAUUGGAUGAUGAAGGAAAUAAUGAAGGAAAAAAAUGGGUCGAAAGAAUAUAUGAAGACAUCCAAGGGAGCAUAGCGAAGAGGAGUAUUCAUGUGGACUUGCAGCUGAACAAACUUUCGCUUGUCAUUCAGAAAGUUACUGCACUCCUGGGAAUAUUGAAAAAGGAUAAAACACCUGACCUUCAAACUGGUGCUGUGAAAGCUAUUUUAGAUCUUUAUGAUGUUAUGCGAAUGGAUGUGCUAUCUAUCAACAUGAGGGAUAAUUAUGACACUUGGAAUAUGCUAGCAAAGGCAAGGACAGAAGGUCGUCUCUUUCAAAAGUUGAAGUGGCCUAAUGAUGCAGAGUUGAAAGCACAAGUCAGUAGAUUGUAUUCACUCCUUACGAUCAAAGAUUCUGCUGCAAAUAUUCCGAAGAAUCUUGAGGCUAGAAGGCGGCUAGAGUUUUUCACUAAUUCCCUUUUUAUGGAGAUGCCAGCAGCUAAGCCCAUCAGGGAGAUGCUGUCUUUUAGCGUGUUCACUCCAUAUUACUCCGAGAUUGUGCUUUAUAGCAUGUCUGAACUCCUUAAGAAAAAUGAGGAUGGCAUUACAACUUUGUUUUACCUUCAAAAGAUAUAUCCAGAUGAAUGGAAAAAUUUCCUUGCUAGGAUUGGACGUGAUGAGAACUCAUCAGAGUUGGAACUUAGUGAUAAUCCUAAUCACAUCCUUGAACUACGGUUUUGGGCUUCUUAUCGAGGACAAACGUUGGCUCGGACAGUUCGGGGAAUGAUGUACUACAGGAAAGCGCUAAUGCUUCAAGCUUAUCUGGAACGGAUGUCAGCUGGAGAUAUGGAAGCUGGUAUCGUUGGAAAUGAAUCAACUGAUAUUCAAAGUUUUGAGUUGUCUCCAGAAGCGAGAGCUCAAGCAGAUUUAAAGUUUACAUAUGUUGUAACAUGUCAGAUAUAUGGAAAGCAGAAAGAAGAACAUAAGCCUGAAGCUGCAGAUAUUGCUCUGUUAAUGCAAAGAAAUGAGGCUCUCCGAGUUGCUUUCAUCGACGUGGUUGAAACUCUAAAGGAUGGGAAAGUGCACACAGAGUAUUUCUCGAAACUUGUGAAGGCUGAUAUCAAUGGAAAAGACAAGGAGAUAUACUCAAUAAAGCUUCCAGGGAACCCUAAACUUGGUGAAGGAAAACCUGAAAAUCAAAAUCAUGCUGUGGUCUUCACUCGUGGUAAUGCUGUGCAGACAAUUGACAUGAAUCAGGAUAAUUAUUUUGAGGAAGCACUGAAGAUGAGAAAUCUGCUCGAAGAGUUCCACAGUGAUCAUGGAUUACGUCCCCCUACCAUUCUUGGUGUCCGGGAGCAUGUAUUUACUGGAAGUGUAUCGUCUUUGGCUUCCUUCAUGUCAAAUCAAGAAACUAGUUUUGUCACACUUGGUCAACGUGUUCUGGCAAAUCCUUUGAAGUGUCGUAUGCAUUAUGGGCAUCCAGAUGUUUUUGAUAGAGUUUUCCAUAUCACGAGGGGUGGGAUCAGCAAGGCAUCUCGUGUAAUUAACAUCAGUGAGGACAUCUAUUCAGGUUUCAAUUCAACAUUACGCCAAGGAAAUGUGACCCACCAUGAAUACAUUCAGGUUGGCAAAGGGAGGGAUGUUGGGCUCAAUCAAAUCGCCCUUUUUGAGGGCAAAGUUGCUGGAGGCAAUGGUGAACAAGUUCUUAGCAGGGAUGUCUACAGGCUUGGACAGCUCUUUGAUUUUUUCAGGAUGCUUUCAUUCUACUUCACAACUGUCGGAUACUAUUUCUGUACCAUGUUGACUGUGCUGACUGUGUAUGCUUUUCUCUAUGGGAGGGUGUAUUUGGCAUUAUCUGGUGUUGGUGAAACCAUACAAGACAGAGCAGAUAUAUUACAGAAUACUGCUCUUGAUGCGGCACUAAAUGCACAGUUCCUGUUCCAGAUUGGUGUCUUUACAGCAGUGCCAAUGGUUUUAGGCUUCAUCUUAGAACAGGGCUUUCUGAGGGCUUUGGUUAGUUUUGUCACCAUGCAAUUUCAGCUGUGUACGGUAUUCUUCACAUUCUCAUUGGGCACCAGAACACAUUACUUCGGUCGGACUAUUCUGCAUGGUGGUGCAAAGUAUCAUGCAACUGGUAGAGGAUUCGUGGUUCGUCACAUCAAGUUUACUGAAAACUACAGGCUUUACGCCCGAAGUCAUUUCGUUAAGGGAAUGGAAAUUGUGCUAUUGUUGGUGGUAGUCCUUGCAUAUGGGUACAACAAAGGUUUAUCCUAUAUUCUUCUCACUGUCAGCAGUUGGUUUCUAGCUGGUUCUUGGCUGUUUGCUCCAUAUUUGUUUAAUCCAUCAGGUUUUGAGUGGCAAAAGACGGUAGAGGACUUUCGGGAUUGGACAAACUGGCUUUUUUACAGAGGUGGAAUUGGAGUAAAAGGAGAGGAAAGCUGGGAGGCUUGGUGGGAUGAAGAACUGUCUCAUAUUCAAACCUUCAGUGGGAGAGUGAUGGAAACCAUUCUAAGCCUACGAUUUUUCGUCUUCCAGUAUGGCAUCGUCUACAAGUUAAAUGUGCAAGGAGACAAUACAUCACUACUGGUAUACGGGUAUUCAUGGAUCGCGUUUGCUGUGAUUAUACUUCUUUUCAAAGUAUUCGGCUUUAGUCAAAAGAUCUCAGUCAACUUUCAGUUGCUGCUACGGUUUAUCCAAGGUCUGGCGUUUUUGGUAGCACUGGUUGGUUUGGCUGUCGCUGUUGCAUUUACUAAGCUCAGUAUCGUAGAUAUAUUUGCUUGUCUCUUGGCUUUUCUGCCUACCGGAUGGGGAAUUCUGUCUAUCGCUUGCGCUUGGAAGCCUCUGGUGAAGAAAAUAGGAUUGUGGAAGUCCAUUCGGUCUAUUGCCCGCUUAUAUGAUGCUGCAAUGGGGAUUCUCAUCUUCAUCCCAAUCGCUCUGCUUUCCUGGUUCCCAUUUGUUUCCACAUUCCAAACACGUCUUAUGUUCAACCAAGCGUUCAGUCGAGGUCUGGAAAUCUCUCUCAUCCUUGCUGGAAACAACCCAAACACUGGCAUUUGAUCACAAUGUGUGGCUGUUCAAACAUUGUUUUGUAUAUAGCACAGAACCUGUAGUUGCCUUGUAUCACUACCCUAUUAGAUCCAUCAAUUUUGAAUGUACUAUGUACGAGUGACCUUUUCAGGGGAUUUUGUAUGUACCUAGAGCAGUGUUUUGAUCUUCGAAAAUCUCUUUCUAGCUGCAAGUUGUGAUUUUGCUCUUGUAUCAAAAUCUAUCGCCAGUGCAAUAUGGAUCAUUUUGGAUGACUAAA